AUGACCUCCACAACUACAACAACAUCAACCUACAACACCACGACCAGGCAUACCUUGUCGCGGCGACCCGGCCGCAGCGGCAUAGCGACUGCGUCAACCCCGAACCUGAACCAGCUUUAUACGUCACAAACCUCGCGUUUAUUACCCCCGGCGCUUGCGCGCAAGGGGUCGGUCGCCGCGCUUACCCAGAACUCGUUGGCCUCCAUCCCUGAUGAUUCGGAAGGCUACGCAUACCACGCAUACAACUCGGAUCUGGCCAGCGACACUAUCCCCCCCAUGCCGCCACACACUCCGGGCCGCUUCGGCGGCGGCGACGAGGUUGCCAUCGGUGACACGGUCGACGUCCCGGGGAACAUGACGGGUACCGUCCGGUUUAUUGGGUCCGUCGCUGGGCGCAAGGGCAACUUUGCCGGCGUCGAGCUGCACCCCGAUUAUGCGCCUAGGGGGAAAAACAGCGGUGAUGUCGAUGGCGUUUACUACUUCACGACAGUACAACCGGGCGCCGGCAUUUUCCUCCCCUUAUCCAAAGCUGUUAAGCACGAGUCACCUGCCGUAACCGGCAACUCGUUUCCGAUCACACCAGCAAGCGGCGGUUUGAAAGUCGCCAACCAAAACUCUCUCAACUUCACGUCGCCGACCCCCGGUGUGCCCAAGUUCAGCCAGUCCGUUGGCCCCAGCCGUGCCUCGAGCCCACUGGGAAAGAAGACGCGCCCGUCGUUGCCACGCCCAGAGUCGCCUGUGAGGAGGCUGAUGACGCCAGGUCCCCGUCCGUCCAUCACCACGCCAGCACCGAAAACCGGGGCGCCCAAGUUUGGGAGCCCGAUAUCAGCCAACAAGUUUGCCCAGAGCGUCCGCGGCACUACUGGGGAUCCCAACAAACGGAUGCUGGGACAUGGGCGGAAAGGGAGUGUCGGGCCGCGUAGUGUCUCGGUCCUUGGGACCACCUCGAAUCCGCAUUAUACCGACGAUGACACGACACCAAUGGGCAUACAAAGAACACAGACGAACGGUAGUAUGGGUUCGGCCUCGUCCUUUUCGCUCAAGGUGCGGCCUGCGUCGAGGGCCAUGUCGCGUGCUGGUAACCAUGGCAACGACGAAGAGGUAGAGAGGCUCAAAACAGAGCUGGAAAAUCGGGAGCAGCAACUCAAAGAGCAGGCUGCGACGCUGGCCGAGAUGGAGACGAGUCUGACAGAGCUUCAAGGGCUAAUCGAGAACUCGGAAUCGCAUAUGGGACAGCGACGGAACAGCAUCGACGACAAGGACUCUGGGCAGCUUCGGGCUUUGGUGAGGGAGAAGAACGAUAAGAUUGCCAUGCUCACAGCCGAGUUUGACGCCCACAGAGCCGAUUUCCGUAGCACGAUCGACACACUAGAGAUGGCAAGCUCGGAGACGGAGAGGGUCUACGAGAAGAGGAUCGAGGAGCUGAUGCAAGAGAUUCAAGAGCUCCAAGAUAGGACGGCCGACGUCGACACUGUCGCGGCGCAGCUGAAACAGCUGGAAGAACUCGUUCAGGAGCUUGAAGAAGGCCUCGAAGACGCUAGGAGAGGCGAGGCCGAAGCGCGGGGCGAGGUCGAGUUCCUUCGUGGAGAGGUAGAACGGACGCGCACGGAGCUCCGCCGAGAACGGGAGAAGGCCCAGUCCUCUAUGAAUGGCCCCAACGGCGCCGCGAACAGCGGGUCCAUGUCCAAGGAGUUGGAACAAAAAGAGGACGAAAUCAGAGGGCUGAAGGCCAUCAUUCACUCGCUGAGCCGAGAUUCGGUCCCGAACGACAACUCGGAGAGGACUCCCACUCAGCGCCAGUCUGCUAUCCGUGCUUACCAGGGCGAGUCCAUCGAAGACCGUCUCACCCGCGAAAAGCUCGACCGCGAAGUCGCCGAGCUUCGUGCUUUGGUUGAGAGCAAGACCUCCCGGGAGGAAGACCUCGAGCGCGAGUUGGAGUCACUGCGCAGAGGCAGCGUCAUGACGGCCGUCGGGCCAGCUAGUCACCGUGCGAGUGCCAUGACUAUCGGGAGCGCCGCCAACGACCGCAGCUCGAUCCGUGACUCGCGCGGAACUGUCAUUGCACCGCCCAGCAUCGGCAGCCCCGAGCCCCAGCAGCACCUGGGCUUGGCCCCGCUCAAGCACAACCGCGGUACCACGCUUGACACUAUGCCUGAGAGCGACACCUACAGCACGGCCACGGAGAACAGCACACUAUGGUGCGAGAUCUGUGAGACCUCGGGGCACGACAUCCUGACGUGCACCAAUGUCUUCGGGCCGGACCAACAACAGCGGGACGACAGCAGCGAUAACAACGAUAUCGGCGGCGCCCGCACCCAGCCUAUCGAGGAGAGCGAGAACGAGUACCACGAAGCGGCCAACAUUAAGCCCGCCCCGCUAUCACCCAUCAAGUCGGCCAAGCCUACCCUGCCCAUCAACUCCCCCGUUCCCACUCCGACCACCGCCAUCGCCCCGACCUUUGCGUCGGCCCCGGUCCCAGCUCCGGCCCCCGCGCCGUCGGCCGCGCCUGCCACCUCGCCCGGCGUCAGGACCGUCCCUAACCCGAUGGAGUCGGGCCCCGUGGCCGGCAAGGACAGCGGCGUGGUGGAUGCCAGCAAGUGGUGUGCGCUGUGCGAGCGCGACGGGCACGACAGCGUGGACUGUCCCUUUGAGGAUGCAUUUUAG